AUGAUCUUUCACAAGCUUUUGACUGCUGUUGCAGUUGUUACUUUAGCUGGCAACAUCGAAGCCAGUCCUUGUAAGCCUGUCUCUGGAUCAUCGACUAUCCACAUGGAAACGAGUACGACUGAAAUGGUUACUACUGAGGGUAUCCCGACUCCUAUUGAAGUUCUUUCCUCAGCUACAACUAUCAUUCCUAUUACGGCUUCAACAUCAGAAGCUCCCAUCAGCUCCGUCACUCUCACUCCUGGGGCUUCCACCUUCUUUGACGAGGCCACUACCCUCGUUACUUCAACAGUUGAAUCGACUGCGUUUGACCCGACAACCACAUUCACUGAAUCGAACUCUGUAACAACCUUGGUGACGAUUGUCUCGUCCAUGACAGAAGUACCUAUCACGACAGCUUAUGUUACAACCGAGUUGCCGGCUACCGAGACUGCUACAUCUUCAUCACCACCCCAGUGUACAUUCACAGGUGAAUAUAUCAACUACGUCCAAAACCCGUCCUUUGACAACAAGGUUAGUGGGAAAUGGGUCACUACAUCGCCUUGGGUCUUUCUGCAGACCCCUUGGCUAUCGCCCAACUCUGGCAGAGGGGGAAGCAAUGCAAUUGCGAUCAAAUAUCCAGAUGGCGCAUGGUCAUCAUCGAUCUUACAAUCGCUGCAAGGCGUAGUUGCCGGUCGAGAAUACGUACUUCGAUACUACUGGUCUCUUCAAGGGCAACCCCUUCAAUCGGAUGACUGCAGAAUCGGUACGAGUGCUGGACCCCUGGGUCAAACAAUGCACUUUGUCUAUACCGAUGGCGGAGAGACUAUUCAACAGGGCCAGUAUUACAUGCAGGAGUUUCACAUUACUGCUGGUCAGGAUGACCAAAACCUAUCCAUUGGCUUUUUCUGCAGGGCCGGGUAUAGUGGCGACACGGUCACAGUUUACAUUGAUGAUGUCUCGGUUUAUGACUACUACGAAGGUUGUGAUAGUCCUACAGAGGCGGUGAUUAAGAACACUCGCUAA